GGUGCUGACAAGGGAAUGCGCCUUAAGACUGAUCCUAAGUCAAGCCGAGCUGAGUUGGAUCCCGCCUACCGGUUCAGCCGGUAAUAUGAAUUGGGUCAUGAAAAUUAAAAACCAAUAAAUAAUAAUAACGAGCGGAGAUGUGUCGACGAUAGGUGGAAGGUGGGUGGGGGAAGUGUAGAGAGAGAGCGAUGGCCUCUUGAAUUGAUUUGGGCAAAGCUCCCCGGAUUCUGCAUCUCCGAUCUUCCCCACCGUCGCAUUUUGCUCGAAUUCUUACACAUUUGAGCAAACACAGAUCCCGCGAAGAUCUAUUUGUGCUUUUAUUGGUGCGAAUCGGGAAGAAGGGAAAUCUGUAGAAGAUGGAAGCUGGUGUGGGAAUGGUUGCUGGGUCGCACAAGAGGAACGAGUUGGUUCGGAUUCGGCACGAUGGAGAUAAUGGGCCAAAGCCUUUGAAGUAUUUGAAUGGCCAAAUAUGUCAAAUCUGUGGAGAUAGUGUUGGACUUACAGCUGCUGGUGAUGUCUUUGUUGCUUGCAAUGAAUGUGCAUUCCCCGUUUGUAGGCCUUGUUAUGAGUAUGAGCGGAAGGAUGGGAACCAGUCUUGUCCCCAGUGCAAGACUAGAUAUAGAAGACACAAAGGGAGUCCUAGAGUGGAGGGCGAUGAUGAAGAGGAUGAUGUUGAUGAUCUGGAGAAUGAGUUCAACUGCUCAAAAGGAAAUAGUAAGGCAAGACGCCAGUGGCAGGGGGAAGAUGCAGACCUUUCUUCUUCCUCGAGACACGAAGCCCAACAACCGAUUCCCCUUCUUACCAAUGGACAGCCAGUAUCUGGUGAAAUUCCAAGUGCCACACCUGACAACCAAUCCGUGCGAACAACAUCUGGUCCCUUGGGCCCUUCUGAAAAGAACAUUCACUCACUUCACUCACUUCCAUAUAUUGAUCCAAGGCAACCAGUUCCAGUGAGAAUAGUGGACCCUUCGAAGGACCUGAAUUCUUAUGGUCUUGGAAAUGUUGACUGGAAGGAGAGGGUUGAAGGUUGGAAGCUUAAACAAGAGAAAAAUAUGAUGCAGAUGACCAGUAGAUACACUGAAGGGAAGGGAGACCUAGAAGGCACUGGUUCAAAUGGUGAAGAACUGCAAAUGGCUGAUGAUGCUCGGCAACCCAUGAGUCGUGUAGUGCCCAUUUCUUCUUCUCAUCUUACUCCUUAUCGCAUUGUAAUUAUACUCCGGCUUAUUAUCUUGGGCGUCUUCUUACAAUAUCGUGCAACUCACCCUGUGAAUGAUGCAUAUCCUUUGUGGCUUACUUCGGUUAUCUGUGAGAUUUGGUUUGCCUUAUCCUGGCUCUUGGAUCAGUUUCCAAAAUGGUCUCCUAUUAACCGCGAGACUUACCUUGACAGGCUUGCACUGAGAUAUGAUCGGGAAGGGGAACCCUCACAGUUGGCCCCUAUAGACAUCUUUGUUAGUACAGUGGAUCCCCUCAAAGAGCCUCCUCUUGUAACAGCUAACACUGUGCUGUCUAUACUUUCCGUGGAUUACCCUGUCGACAAAGUUUCUUGCUAUGUUUCAGAUGAUGGGUCUGCGAUGUUGACCUUUGAAGCCCUCUCUGAGACUUCAGAGUUUGCAAGAAAGUGGGUGCCCUUCUGCAAGAAGCACAACAUUGAGCCUAGGGCCCCUGAAUUUUAUUUUGCCCAGAAAAUAGAUUACUUGAAGGACAAAAUACAACCUUCCUUUGUGAAAGAGCGCAGGGCGAUGAAGAGAGAAUAUGAAGAAUUCAAGGUAAGAAUCAACGCCCUCGUUGCUAAAGCACAGAAGAUGCCUGAAGAAGGUUGGACAAUGCAGGAUGGCACUCCUUGGCCUGGAAACAACCCUAGGGAUCACCCAGGAAUGAUCCAGGUGUUCUUGGGGCACAGUGGGGGGCUUGAUACAGACGGGAAUGAACUACCUCGACUAGUCUAUGUUUCUCGUGAGAAACGACCGGGCUUCCAACAUCACAAGAAAGCUGGAGCCAUGAAUGCUUUGAUUCGAGUUUCAGCUGUCCUGACCAAUGGUGCAUAUCUUUUGAACGUCGAUUGUGACCACUACUUCAACAACAGUAAAGCUCUUAAAGAAGCUAUGUGUUUCAUGAUGGAUCCUAUGCUUGGAAAGAAAACAUGCUAUGUGCAAUUUCCCCAACGUUUUGAUGGCAUUGACUUGCAUGAUCGAUAUGCUAAUCGUAAUAUUGUCUUUUUUGAUAUCAACUUGAAAGGGUUUGAUGGCAUCCAAGGUCCAGUAUAUGUGGGAACUGGAUGUUGUUUUAACAGGCAAGCUCUAUAUGGUUAUGAUCCAGUACUAACUGAGGCAGAUCUGGAACCAAACAUUAUUGUCAAGAGUUGUUGUGGUUCAAGAAAGAAGGGAAGGAGUGGCAACAAGAAGUAUGUUGAUAAGAAGAGGGCAGCUAAAAGAACUGAAUCCACCAUUCCCAUUUUCAAUAUGGAGGAUAUUGAAGAGGGUGUUGAAGGAUAUGAUGAUGAGAGAUCACUCCUUAUGUCUCAAAAAAGCUUAGAGAAGCGAUUUGGUCAGUCCCCAGUUUUUAUUGCAGCCACAUUCAUGGAGCAGGGAGGCAUACCACCGUCAACCAAUCCUGCAACUCUUUUAAAGGAGGCCAUCCAUGUUAUUAGCUGUGGAUACGAGGAUAAGACUGAAUGGGGCAAAGAGAUUGGAUGGAUCUAUGGUUCCGUGACAGAAGAUAUUUUAACUGGGUUUAAGAUGCAUGCUCGGGGUUGGAUUUCAAUUUAUUGCAUGCCUCCCCGCCCAGCAUUUAAAGGGUCUGCUCCUAUUAAUCUUUCCGAUAGGUUAAACCAGGUCCUUCGAUGGGCCUUGGGAUCAAUUGAGAUUCUUUUGAGCAGGCAUUGCCCCAUCUGGUAUGGCUACAAUGGAAGACUGAAGCUUUUGGAGAGACUGGCAUAUAUCAAUACCAUUGUUUACCCUCUGACGUCCAUCCCGCUGAUUGCUUAUUGUACUCUGCCUGCGUUUUGUCUCCUUACUGGAAAAUUCAUCAUUCCUGAGAUAAGCAAUUAUGCUAGCAUGUGGUUUAUUCUCCUCUUUGUUUCCAUUUUUUCAACUGGAAUCCUCGAGCUUAGGUGGAGUGGAGUCAGCAUUGAAGACUGGUGGAGGAAUGAACAGUUCUGGGUCAUUGGUGGUACAUCGGCCCAUCUUUUUGCUGUCUUCCAAGGGCUCCUGAAAGUGCUUGCUGGGAUUGAUACGAACUUUACUGUGACAUCAAAGGCAUCUGAUGAAGAUGGGGAGUUUGCUGAGCUUUAUGUGUUUAAAUGGACAUCUCUUCUCAUUCCACCAACUACAGUCCUUAUCGUCAACCUGGUUGGUAUUGUGGCUGGCAUUUCAUACGCCAUAAACAGUGGUUAUCAGUCAUGGGGGCCACUAUUCGGCAAGCUGUUCUUUGCCUUGUGGGUCGUUGCCCAUCUCUAUCCAUUUUUGAAGGGUCUCUUGGGUCGCCAAAAUCGUACUCCAACAAUAGUAAUUGUUUGGUCCAUCCUCCUUGCUUCCAUAUUCUCCUUGCUAUGGGUACGGAUUGAUCCCUUCACAACUGGUAGCUCAACCUCUACAUCAAAUGGUCAGUGCGGCGUCACUUGCUAGUUCAUUCCCAGACCAACACUUAUUGAGACAAUCAUUCUCCCUUUUCGUGCCAGCCAUCUGCCUGCUGGUCUGCUGUGUAAAUAACAAAAAAUUAAGUAUCAAAAUGGUCUGGAGGAUUAAAAUUAUGUUGUUUUAUCAUCUUUAUGUCUAAGAGUUUGUUUAAUGGAUGAAGACGAUGUAGGAAGCCCCAUUGUCUCAUGGUCCCUUCUCAUUUUUUUAUUUUGUCUCCACCAGUGUUUAUGUUGGUUCAAUUGGAAUUGUUCUUUCAUGCAAUUUUUUUUAUAUGGAUCAUUCUGUAAUGUUGUGAGGAGUUUUGUCUGGGAUAGAUAUAAAAGAUUCAUUUAAAGUCC